AUGCCUGACCGUCCAUGCUUUGACAAUCGGUUGCCAUGUGACAGCAAGUCGUCCCGUUCCUUGGCCAGUGCCUCUUCUCGUUCUCAUCGUAAGUCGACCUCUUCGCUGCAGGCCACCACUCCCUCUAGCCACCUAAUUCUCAAGCCUCUACACCAAGCCUCUAACGCUCACGCUUCGCCCUCACAUUUACAUACGGUCGCCGGGACUGAUAGCCCUACUGACAUGAGAGGUAUCGAUGACGCUAGACUUUCAACCCAGUCAUCUUUGCUCGAAUCCCAGGAUAAGUCGCGCGCUAUCACUGCGGGGACCUCGUUACAUAAGCAGCUCACUAGUCUCGCAAACGUGCUACCUGAUGUCUCCAGCAGCAGUAGUGAGGAGGGCCGUCAAGAUGUUCUGGUCUCCGACCCCAUGCCGGCAGAGAGAACGACCGAGUUUGUCAAGGGAAAGCGCUCCGUUAAAUCUCCUGUCCCUGUCCCGAUGCACCAAAGGCAUCAACACCAUCGUGAUGAGCCAUCUCCUACGGUCAAACGGGUGGACAGCAAGGCAAAGUCGCGCGAAAAGCGCCGACGUUUACGCGAACAGCGUGGCCUGGCUUUCGGAGAUGAUGAAGCCUCCUCUUCUUCGGAUUCUCCCAUUCGGCCUGUAGGACAUCGGUAUACGCUUCCUGUUGCUAAUCCAGCUCCUUCAAAAAAUACUAAAUCUGACUCAGCCCUUAGAAAGGUGAUCUUUAAACUGGACCUCCUACUUUAA